AUGUUCAACCUCGCCCUCACCUCCACCCUCCUCCUCCCGGCCCUCGCCCUCGCGGCCCCAACCACCUCCACCAACCCCACCCUCUCCACCUCCAAGUCCAUCAAGCUCGUCGCCCACGUCCUCAACUCCUUCGACCUCUCCCCCUCCGUCAACUCCUACGAGCUCAACCCCUUCGAGCUCGCCGGCGGCGACAUGUGCAACAACGCGCUCGGCCUCUCCCCCUCCGGCUACGGCGCCCUCUGGCGGUCCGAAGACGGCACGCUGUACACGAUCCAAAGCGGCAACGGCUGGGCGCAGAAGAUCACGCUGAACAUCCAACCCGGCGGCAGCGCGACGGUGCCGGCCGCGCGCGCAAUCGGCGUGCAGUGCGGCGCCGGCGGCACCGAGGGCGUCACCGUCAUCCCCGAGAACGGCAAUGGCAACCCGCUGCUCGAGUACGGCCGCGACACCAGCGGCUGGAUGGCCUGCCCCUCGAACAUGCUCAACGCCAAUGUCCCCGCUGAUGAGGGCGCCGUCGUUGUUGGUUACCGUGACGCUGGCCAGCGCAUCCUGUCGGGCUGCGCCGAAGUCGAGUUCGUGGCGUACUGCGCCGAGGAUGACGGCAGCGCGCCGGGUGCCAUGGAGCUGCCUUGCGUUGUCUCGGCAUGA